UCUUCCGUUGGCACGUCUCGUGGAACAGCCACUAGCACCAAGACCACAGCUACUGCUAGUCCAACGACAACUUCUCCAUCUUCACCUUGGAAGGUUGCCGCAUCCUUUGCUGGAAAUAACUUUUUCGACGGAUGGGAUUUCUUUACAGGAUCAGAUCCUACACAAGGUAUCGUGACCUACGUUGAUGAAAACACUGCACGAUCAAGCGGCCUUUUGGAAAUAAAUUCUGCAGGCAAUGCAGUUAUGCGGGUGGAGACAACUCCCACCGUUUCCGCCAAUAGACAGAGUGUACGAAUCACUACUCAAUACCAGUAUACGGGGGGUCUUCUGGUGAUGGACUCGGUCCACAUGCCGACAGGUUGUGGAAUUUGGCCUGCAUUUUGGUCAAAUGGUCCGAACUGGCCAGCAGGGGGAGAAAUUGACAUUAUUGAGGGCGUUAACGACUACACGAAUAACCAAGCGACUAUUCAUACCAAUGUGGGAUGUACUAUCGCCAGUACAAGCUCAGCUACCCUUGCAAUCUCAGGCAGCGUGAUAGGUGGAACUAACUGCGCUGCUCUUACGACGGGCAACCAAGGCUGUGGCAUCCGUUCCAACUCGGCAACCUCCUACGGACCUGGGUUUAACGCUAACAACGGUGGAGUUUAUGCUAUGAAAUGGGACUCUACCGGCAUAGCGGUAUAUUUUUUCCCUCGAACGUCGAUACCAGCCGAUAUUACCGCUGGCGCACCGCUACCAGACACUUGGGGAGCAGCCCAGGCAAGAUGGCCUGCCGCAUCUUGUGCCCCUUUCUCGUUCUUUAACAACCACCAGGCGAUUUUUGACACCACUCUGUGUGGUGAUUGGGCAGCCGCAGUGUGGAGCUCUACUGGUAUUCCAGGGCAGGAGCAAAGUUGUGCACAAAGAACAGGAUCUGCGACUUGCGAGGCGUUUGUCCGCGCGAACGGUGCCUCUAUGGCCCAAGCCUAUUGGGAAAUCAAGAAUCUUACGAUUUAUCGG